AUUCGAACUGUAUAACCAAAUUACGUGGUCCGUACUUUUAGACUGAUAUCAUUUACCAAAUUACUCAUUUUCUACGAUGUAAGUAACCUGGAAUUUAUUAUAUAUAAUUUUAAUAUAAUUAAGACGGUUUUAUAGAAAUGAAUAGUUUUUCAUAUUUCAUUCAUAAAUUGGAUAUUAAGAAAAAUAGAGCGAUAAUAAAUUAAUAAAGGUCAUUUGAUAAUACAGAUAGUAUCUCAAACACGCUUACUUUUCAGAAAUAGAGCAAUAGCAAAUAAUAUCCAAGUUUUAACGCUAUUUUGAAAUUUGACUGAGCUACAUAAGCCAUUUCUAGGAUUUUGUCUUGUGAUUAACACGAACUAUCCAUAUCCAUAGCUUUCUAUUAUGUUCAGACAGCUGUACUAUUGAAAAACAAGUAUUAAUUUUCAUAUUAUACAUUACUAUACAGAUACAGAUCAUGGAUCGUUGGACUGGAAGAGUUGCAUUAGUCACCGGAGCCUCGGUUGGCAUUGGAGCUUCUAUAGCACAAAAAUUAGUUGAAGGUGGAAUGAAGGUAAUUGGUGUUGCGAGGAAUUUUCAAGCAAUUGCUGAUGCUGCAAAAAAACUUGAAGGAGCUAAAGGUCAGCUUAUCCCAAUGAAAUGCGAUGUAACAAAAGAAGAGGAUAUCUUGAAAGUGUUUGCCAACAUUAGGAAAAAUUACGGUGGUGUUGAUGUAUUGAUAAACAAUGCUGGUUUAGCUCACGAUGCUCCUCUAUUAGAUCCUAGUAGUAAAACUUCGGAUUGGAAGAAUAUGCUGGAUGUUAAUGUAUUGGGCAUAGCAAUUUGCUCAAGGGAAGCAUAUAAAUCAAUGAAGGAAAGAGGCAUAGACGACGGUCAUAUUUUUAAUAUUGGAAGCAUGUCCGGACAUCGUGUUAUACCAUCCAGCAAAGGCCACUUUUAUAGUGCUACAAAAUUUGCUGUUAAAGCCAUGACUGAAGGUACAAGACAAGAACUUCGCGAGGCAAAGAGUCAUAUUCGAGUUACUCAUGUUAGCCCUGGUGUUGUCGAAACUGAAUUUGCUUAUAGAUUUACAGGACCUGAUAGUCAAACUUAUAAAAAUUUAAUGGCAUUACAAGCAGAAGAUAUUAGCAGCAGUGUUAUUCAUGCUCUAACAGCUCCUGCUCAUGUUGAGAUCAACGACAUUCUCAUAAGACCAACCGAACAAAGCAGCUAAGACGCAUUACUGUUUGGGGAAGUAGAUAGAACCUGCUGAACCCAUCUGAUUACAAAUAUUUUUGAAAUUAUAUUGACAAAUUGACUAAUUACUCCUAAUUCUUUGAUUGUUAAAUAUUUUUUUCAGAGAUAUAUCAAUAAGCAUAUAGAAAUAUGAAUAAAAGCUUUAUAUUAACUAUUGUGUACAUUAAUUUAUAAUUAACAUAUUCUAAAAAUGGAAACAUUUUAAAUAAACUGAAAGUACAUGUUUUAUUUACAGUUAUCUAACUGGAGAAUUCUCCUACAUUCUUUUUCUUCAUACUGAAACUUUUUACAUUUCCUCCUUGGCAUAGAUAGCUGUAGGCUAUAUUUAGAAAGUUCUUUCUUUUGUUUUAUUUUCAGAUAUGGAAACCAACAACGAUCAACGCUAUUUUAAAUAGUUUAUAUAAUUCUUUCAGAGUCAAAGAAGAAUAUAUCGUUUUCCACUAUUACCAUUCUCCCAUGGCUUUAACGUCUACUGAAAAUUAUAUCAAAAUCAAACUUGGACACUUGAUUUUCAUGAUUUAUCAGCUUACAAAACACUUAAAGUUUUAGAAGUCAAAAACUGGAACGCUCUAUCUAGAUAAUUGUGGAUUUUUUUGCAAAAACAUUGAUAA